AUGUUGCGUGGAUUCGUUUAUUAUGGCGAGCAGUUUGUUGAAGUACCGGAUGAGACGGUAACACUUAAAGACAUUUGCCAAUCCUUUGGAAUUACGGGAGAUCUCACCGGUGUUUGUGUGAGAAACCGCGCUAGUGCCCGAGUCGUGGCAACACUGCCGUUUGAAUCACUUCCCGCAACGGAUAGUUUACGCGGAGAUGAAGACAAUAUAUACGAUCUUUGUACUCCAGGCGAUCACAAUAGUUAUCAUAAUAAUAAUAAUAAUAAUAAUAAUAAUAAUAAUCAGGAUCCAUAUAGUAAUAGGGUCCCUGAUGAUGAUGAUAAUAAUAAUAAUAAUAAUAAUAAUGGGGAAGAUACACCCACAACAGAUGAUAUGACGGAGAUAUUGAGACAAUUAGUACAAUUGGGCGCAGCGUCACUUCUCACAAUGACGUCUGGAGCGCAAUCAUCAUUUGAAUCUUAUGAUCCCCGCACAUCGCCUGGACUCUUAUUGCGCACGAUUUACCCCUCAUCUAUUUAUUCACCCUAUCGACACAGUGGAGAUCCACUGAACACACAAGAUAGACUUUCAAUGGGAACAACAAUAUCAUCAUCAACAACAUCAACAGCAGUGGUGAAUAAAUUAACGGGUCCACCGUAUAUUAGUGCUGUAGAGCCUUACGUGGUAGAAGAGGCAACAGAGGCGUUAUUGCAGCAACGCCCAGAUCUCAUACCGCAGACAGAGGAGGAGGCACAAGAUAUUCUGCAGGGUCUAAUGGCAGCCGCUACACAAGCAAAGGCAAUGAUGGCAAUGGCUAAUGUAGAGGAAGAACAACGUGGACCGGUGGAUGUAAAGCCUAAUAUUCAACAAAUGGGUAUUUAG